AUGGAUGCAGGUGCAUGUCAGCCACCAUAUGUGAAGCAAGAACCCAGCAACGUAUCUCAGCGGUUGAGCUUGCGACAUGAACAGCCACCUGGUCAUCAGCCAUCGAAUAUUAUACGUCGCUCUACAUGGCUGUCCGCUGUGAAGGCCCGCCUGCUUAACAAGAAACACCACCCUGCUGUCAAUUCGGCCCGUGAGCAUGAGUUUGGAAAUGGCGUUGAUGUCGAGUCCCUCCACCCAAUGGGCUGUGCCCAGGAUGGUCCAUUUGUGGAGUAUCCCAAGAUGUUUCUGCAGCCCAGACCAGGCCAAUCUCGCAAACGACUAGUCAAUGAGGUCAAAGGUAUAUAUGCCGGCCUCGUCAUGGUCGAGAAGAAAUGCGUCGAAAUAUGCCAGCAACAGUCUCAAACGACAACCGAGCUUUCCAACGAACAGUGGCAGGCACUCAUUGCACUACACCGGACACUCUUACAUGAGCACCACGAUUUUUUCUUGGCUAGUCAAUAUCCCACGGCGUCUCCUGUACUCCGGCGUUUACAUAGUGGGCAGAUCACAAAGUUUGACACAUGCACAUUUGUGACGGAUCCCAAAGUUCAAAACUUGUGCGACCGUAACUCCCCAAUGGCCAGCGCGCCAAUACUUUAG